AUGUUCAAUCGUCGUCAGAGCCAGCGUCAGAACCCCCCUGAUAUCCCGAUCUUCGUUGACAGCACUGUAACCCCAGCGACGAGGGCACCUAGCAAUCAAUGGGUACUGGCCCCCAUUCCGAACAACCAGCAAAUCCAGGCACCACAGCGUUUUGGCCCUGAUGAUUUGCCCCCCUUCGCGGUCCAGCAGUGGUAUGCGCAGCAUACCUUGCCCACAGAUGAGAGAUCGGCCACAGUCUAUUUCGAUAUGAAUCCCGGGGCCAGGGAUAGAGCCCAUCUCACUGGCUACCCUCCUCGAGGUGAGCCGGUUGCUGUUCAUACGAUGCCGUGGGGAUGGUUGGUUACGGGAAAUUGGCACGUUGCAUGGCUCGACCAUGCCCUUAAUACACAGUAUCACCGCCCUCACCCUGAUAUAACCCCACGGUGGACUCGCGGCACGCUUGAGGGCUUGGAUCUAGAGCUUCGCGGCCCCCCUCGGUACACAGUCAACGGGACCCUAUGGCCAACGCCUGCCACGGGGAUGACAAGGUAUGUGCCCACUAUCCGGGAGGCAGAGCGGACAGGGCUCUAUAUCCGGAGUAUUGACCAGAGUGGCUAUGUGACGUGGGCUUGGCAGGGCACACAGUAG